UGUACACUUUAGUUUUUAUGUGUAUAUUGUGGUGAAGCGUGGGAGAGUGCUCUUCAUUCAUGCCGUAUGGAGCCGUUUACCCACGCUGGAGGAUUGUGUUGAUCUGUAUUGAAUUUGGGGCUCACUCUGACCCUUUUUGACUUGCACAGAUUAUCCCUCAGUGCUGUCAUCCCCCUCAUCUCCAUGCUGUAGCUUUUUCUUUCUUUCUUUUUUGAGAAAUGGUGGAGAGCAUGACUGGAAUAGCUUGUUUGUUGUUGAGGCCAAACAAAAGUGAGGCAUUCGCAUUCACCACCAUGGCCACCGUUUCCCUCUGCUUUUCAGACCUGCAUGACUGCCGUGUUUCCAUAGAAAUGUGGGGCAAGUGACAAGUGAAUGCUCACCGACCAUAGGUCAGAACAACGCAAAUAGCAUCACAACCAUAAGCCAAAGUCAAAUGGAGGAAAUGCAGAAGAGUUAAUUGCAUUUGUCCUUUAAAAAAAAAGACAGCACACACUUCUGAUGCAAAAACUACAUAGCCUGUGUUUCACUCGAUUUAGUGAGACUUAUUCAAUUACUGUUUAAUUAUGAUCUUAAGGUUCAAGCAAUGCCAUCAAGUGAUCCAUUAAUCCAGUAAAAUGUGUUGUAUUUGUAGUGAUGAGGAAUGUUCCAUGUCUUCAACUUAGCAGUUAACUAGCAUUCAUUUAAAGCUAAUAUAUGAAUUUGCACGGGGCUGUUUGCACCUCUCCCUGUUGUGUUUGCAUUUUUCAUGGCCAUAGGAAAACAGACUCACCUGAGGAUAUCAGAUGGCCACACCUACUCAGCAGGUGUAGCCAAACAUAACUCUGGUACACCUUAACAUGUUGCCAUGGUGCAUUAAAGGAACAAACCAUUCUGGAUUCUAAAGAGAGGGGUGUUUUGAAUUUUUUAUUUAGUUAGGGAAAUGCUACUUUGUUUGCAAGAUACAUACUAUGCAAGUGUCACCACUUUAAAUACCCGUUAAAAUGUUUUGUACAUUACUUCUUAGUCACUGAAUUAGAUUUUACUAAAGUAAUUUGAGAUUAUUUGUUCUGCUCCCCUUAGAUUCUUAGUUAGAUAAAUGGAAGUGGCCUGCACUGAGUCACAGCCUGUUGGCAGGUGUGGGCACGGGAAGUGUUGUGUGUAUAUCUGAGAGGUUUGUCACUUUGAGGAAAAUAAAUGGAUAAACAUGACAGUAUUGCAGCAGGCUCGGGACCUCAGGCUCAGUGGCCUGGUUUUGCAUCACUAGGCUGUUAAGACCAUGGAAUUGCCUCCUCACAACUCAGUUGAGGAAAACUAUGAGUAUGACUCGUCUGAGGUGCUGGAUUAUUCAGCUCUGUCUAGCUUCACCAAUUCAAACUUUGCUGAUGAUGAACAGGAAGAUGGGGAACUGUAUACUCUGGAAGAAGUUCUGUGUGCUGAAAGAGUGGGCCAGAUGACUAAGACAUACAAUGACAUAGAUGCUGUUACACGUUUGCUUGAAGAGAAAGAACGGGACCUGGAGUUAGCAGCGCGCAUAGGCCAGUCCCUACUGAAGAAAAACAAAACCCUGAGUGAAAGAAAUGAGUUUCUGGAAGAGCAAGUGGAGCACAUACGGGAGGAGGUUUCUCAGCUGCGUCAUGAUCUCUCUAUGAAGGAUGAACUGCUCCAGUUCUACACCAGUGCUGCUGAGGAGAGCGAGGGAGAGUCGGUCACCUCUACCCCGAUCCCUCGGAAUGAAUCCUCAUUUUCGGUGCCAAAUUACUUCCCUCUGGACUCACUACAAAAGAAGCUCCAAGACCUAGAGGAGGAGAACAUUGUGCUGCGAUCUGAGGCGUGUCACUUGGAGACGGAGACCAUCUCGUAUGAGGAGAAGGAACAGCAGCUGGUUAAUGACUGUGUGAAAGAGCUCAGGGAUGCUAACGUACAGAUCUCGUCACUUGCGGAGGAGCUGGCGAAGAAGACGGAAGAUGCCUCCAGGCAGCAGGAAGAGAUUACACACCUGCUCUCUCAGAUUGUGGACCUCCAGAAAAAGGUUAAAUGUUAUGCACUAGAAAAUGAGGAGCUCACACAGCACCUGGGAGCUGCUAAGGACGCCCAGAGACAGCUCACUGCUGAGCUGCGGGAGCUGGAGGAUAAGUAUGCAGAGUGUAUGGAGAUGCUGCAUGAAGCCCAAGAGGAGUUGAAGAACUUCAGGAACAAGACAGUGUCUCAAAGCACGCCACGCCGCUUUCACCCGCUUGGCUUUUUUCCCAUGGACUCCUUAGCUGCUGAAAUUGAAGGGACCAUGAGGAAAGAGAUUCAGAUGUCUGACCCGGAAGUGGAAGAUCAGAGGUUACACCCAAAGCGAGUCUUCCAAACAGUGCGCAACAUCAAUCAGGUGGUUCGUCAGCGCUCACUCUGCCCCUCCCCCAUGAACAUCCCAGGCUCCAAUCAGACAUCGUCCUUGAAUUCUAGGCACUCCAGCUGUCUGAGCACACCCAGGUCCAGUGUUUAUGGGGGAGAAGGGAGUGUCAUGGACAACCGCACCAACAGCAUGAUGCUGGAGAGCCACACUCCACAGGAGUGUUCAGAAGACUCGAACAAGAAGCCUGGUACUCCUGGCACACCUGGAUCUCACGACCUGGAGGCAGCGCUACGGCGGCUCUCGCUUCGCCGUGACAACUACCUGAGCGAGCGGCGCUUUUUUGAGGAGGAGAGAGAACGCAAGCUGCUGGCACUAGCCGAGGAGAAGAGCGAGCCAUGUGGAGACGGUGAUGGAGAAGGAGGAGGCUCACUCACACAUGCAGACAGCAUCCUAUCUCUGGGCACUCUGCAUUCGGUCUGCUCUGUGUACAGCAGUCGCUCCUACCUGCCCGAGAAGCUGCAGAUCGUCAAGCCUCUGGAAGGGUCAGCGACUCUGCAUGCGUGGCAGCAGCUGGCCCAGCCCAACCUUGGUGGCAUUCUGGAUGCUCGGCCAGGGGUAGUGACCAAGGGCUUCCGCCAUCUCCAGCUUGACCUCGAGGAGGUCUAUAAGUUCACAGACUUGGAGGAAGAUGAGUCAGCAGAGCAUCAGAACUCUCAGCCCACUCUCUCUACCUCAGGCCUGGGCUCACUGUCCUGUUCACCGAGCUCAAACCUCCAUCAGCAGGGGGAGCAGCACCGAUUAGAGAGACCAGGGGCAGAGCCAGAGCUACAGGAGAUGGGAGGAGAUGCACAGAAUGAGGAGGAGGAGAUGGCAUCUGUGCAUUUUCCUGGUAAAUGUAUGUCUCACACAAACUCUACCUACACCUUCACUACUUGCCGGAUACUCCACCCCUCUGAUGAGCUGACCAGAGUCACUCCCAGUGUGAUGGCAGCAGGUGCCUCCCAGGUCCCCUGUCUGAAGAGCAUCAGUAGUGUGCACUCUACUCCAGCCUCUACCCCCUGCACACCACGCCGGCUCAGCCUGGCUGAGAGCUUCACUAAUCUGCGGGAGCACACCAAAACCACAAGCAUCUCUCUGGGCCUGGUGCGCCUCCUACAGGAGCGUGGGAUUUCUGCAGCUGUCUACAACCCUCACAGCUGGGACCGGGCUGAAAAAACACCUAACAGCUCACAAUCUGUUUCAAGAACAUUCCCCACUGCCCCAGGCCCAGACACCAUGCCCUCGACACCCCCAAACUCCCCCGCCCAAUCCAAACCCAGCAGCCCUGUGCUGCCUAUGGACUUCAGCCCCUCCGACCCACCUUACGAGAACUUCCUCGCUUCACGGCCCGCCAGUUCCAUUCUGAAGGAGAUGCGGGGAGCAGAAACCAAGCUGCGCACGGAAUCCCAGUGCCAGACAGAGAUGAGCAUACAAAAUCUGCGGCUUGUGGACAAAGUGAAGCGCUUCAGCCUCGGCCCAAGAGCUGUGACUCCAGGUCCUGGGGUAGUUUUAGCCACCCCUUCUUUCGGGACCCAACCUGGGCUGCCCAGCCCCAUAGCAGGACUGACCGGGAUCCGGAGAAACCGAAGUUACCCGGUUAUGGUUGGGGCUAGUAUGGCGAUGAAGGGAUUGGGGCCACCUAGUGAAGACUUGCUCCUGCCCCCCAAACCUUCUAGACAGGCUAGCCUUAGUGAGGAGUGAGCAUUGCCUCUCUGUCAAUCGUUCUUUGUAUAUACAUGAAUAAAAUACAUUAUUCUCAUGACAGAUCGACUGUGCCUGUAAAACAGAUUUGUAUAGAUUAUUUUGUACAGCAGCUGUAACUGUAAUACCAUUUUAUUACUAUUAUUUUGUCACACUUACAGUGCCAUUCAGCCAGAGAGAUCACAGUAUGUCUUUGAUUCUGUAAUCCCCUACUGUAUAAAUUGUGGAAUAAUUGCACUUCUGCAUUACAAGAAAAUGUAGCAUAAGGCCUGUUUUUAAGCACUUUUUGAUUUUGACUACUUUGGCAUAACUGUGCUAAAAGACCAUAACCCUGUAAUCUUUUGGUUGGCUAAUGUGCUCUUCCUGAGCCCAAAGCACCUCUGGUUGGAUUUUCGUCUGAAAAACUGAAACACUAAUAACAUCCUUAUGCUAAUCCUAGAGAGUACAAUAAAGAACAAUAGCAUGUUAGCGCCCAGUUAAUGUGACUGAUUUCAGCCCUGUCUCUCCCCUCAAAACAAUCUCAUUAAAUUAUUAAUACCCAUUUAAAAAAAAAAAAAAAGCAUAGUUUUACUUGCCCACACCAUUAUCCCUGUAAUUGCCUACAAAAUCCCUAUACAGCUGUGUAUUCACAGCAUGUGAAAUCCCUCAAAUGGUUUGUUGUAUAAUGCUUAUUACAAUGUAAUAAACAUAUGAAUAGCCCUUAAGAUGGGCGCUGGUAGGAAAUCUGUAGUAGCACAAAUAAGGGCACACACUGUACUGUAAUUUAUCUGUGAGUCCAGAGUUGUGGUAAAGAGCUGUAAGGAAUCAGAGACUGGUGUUGCAGUGGUAGGAAACUGACGUCCUUGUUUGGUUGUGUGUGAUGGAUUUUUUUUAUUUUUUUUUUUUUGGCGGGGGGGGAGGAAAGACCAAUGUUAUUUAUAAGUGUAUGUGUGUUAAAUAAAUGCAAUCGAUUAACUAGGUAUAAAAUACUCAAAGGCAGAAUAUUUACAACCUCCUGGAUAAUGAUGGUGUCCAGUUCUUCUGAUUGAAACAGUAUAACUCUGCAGAUGCUUCGGAAGCUUCUGGCCAGUAUUAUGUUCUGUUUAAAAGCUGUAAAGUGUGUGUAUGUUUGAGAGGUCAUUACCCUCCAAAGACUGAACUGUAAGCUUUACUUGCAUUAUGUGAGUUUGUCCUUUGACAGCAAUAUCCUAGUGCCUGAUGUCAAUAAUUUAUUAUUUAACCCUAUUUUGAGUGACUUCCAUUCUGAAGACUUUGCCUCAGUAUACAUUGUUGUUAACACGGUAUCUAAGGUGUUGGUGUUGCCCUAACAGGAAGGUUUUUAAUUUUGCAAUGCAGUUAAUAUAAUAUAUGAAGGAUGUUUGAUUCUCGAGAAAUCAUGUUGUCUAGAAAGCACAUACAGCCAUACCUUUGGUCUGAACCAUGCCUGUAUUUUUAUUUUUAUUUUUUUGUAAUCAUGUUCUUGGUUGCAUCAGAAGGUUGUCUGUUGAAGAGGUGUGUGCACUUAACCUCGACUUGAACAUGUUAGUGUUGCAGAAUCACAGAGGUGUCAUACAUGAAGUUCAUUGCAGUUGCAGACUUUUAUUUCCUCAGACCAUAUAAAGGGAAGUUUUGCCACUUGUACACUGUAAAUUGUAAAGAUAGAAAUAUGUUUUUAUACAAAAUGCCAUAAAAUACUGAAUAAAUGGAUGAAAGUGUGAGAAAGUGUCAAAAAAAAAUCCUGAUUUGUUUUCAGGAACUUUGAAUGCAGAAAAGGUCAUCAAUAAAUGAAUUAAUACA